AUUCUCCUCGCUCUCCGUAUCGCCAGCGAACGACCUCAGACGCGACAACCAAACCCCCCCGUUUCUUGCGACCGCCUUAGCCUUUUUUCCCCGAGGAAGGAAAAAGACAAUCCGAAUCUCUUCAAGAUGACUCACGAGUCCGUGUUUUACAGCCGGCCAAGAAACUACGGCAAGGGCAGCCGUCAGUGCCGUGUUUGCGCCCACAAGGCUGGUUUGAUCCGCAAGUACGGUCUGCUUGUCUGCCGUCAGUGCUUCAGAGAGAAGUCGCAAGAUAUCGGUUUCGUGAAGUACCGAUAAACGCCCUCACCCCCCGCGCCGCGCCAGCACCCCUCAAUUCUUCCGUAUCGUUUGAAAGCCGUCUUUCGCCCUAUCCCUGUGAUAUGAUCCGCUCGAACCCCUUAUCCCAAAUGCGAGAUGCGGUGGAUAUUAUUGAUGGCGAGAAAAUGGCAGGAUUUGGAUAUGUCCAUCGCUGGCUACCAAAAAAACGGAAAAAAGGAGAACGUAUUGCAAGGCGGCAAGAUAUUGAGGGGUGGACAAGACAACAACUUCCUUUAUUCCCUCCACCAUGUCGACAUCAAACCUUUUUACGUCACCCUUUUGAGCAUGGUGUUCUGCAUGGCCUUUUUCAUGUUGCGUAUGAUACAUACUUUAUGGGUUUAAAGAAAUAAAGAUGGUCAAUUUGAG